UUCUCCAACCCCCAUCUGUCCACCCACCCUCCAUCACACGACACACCCCUGCUCGCAAACCCCUCUCAUCUUCUCGCAAUCCAUGGCAAUUGAGCUACGGAGAACUUAGUGAGGGGUGGUAGCCGGCUCAAGGUGGUGAUUUGGAGACGCCGGCGGAUCUGCCGCCUAGGCCAGUUACGGCCCCGGCCCUCUUCAGAGUUCCUCCUUUCGAUCCCCGUUAUCAGCUAGUUUAAACUUGAAACCAAUGGAUCGAUCGCACGCCCACUGGUAAAUCAUUUUUUUGCAGCGCCUUGUUCUAGAGGAGUCAGCAAAAUUUACUUGUGUGCUGUCCGUCUGUUAGUUAGUUCAUCCCAUGGUGGCACCACUGGACCAGGCGGCACCGCAUGCCACAUUGGAACAAGAUCAGCGAGACGCCGCCACAGCCACAGAGAAUAGCGGCAGGGAUCACGGAGCCGCCGACAUAGCAGAUGCUGAUCCAGGCGAAGCAAUAUGCGCUCCUGGAUCCGCACCUUCUGUCACGUCAAGGAUUUCGGUGCAGAAGGUGUGCUCGCUCGUCGGCAAGUUUAACAAGUUCAAGAGGGAUUUGGUCGAGGAGAUAGGCUUUGGUGGGAUGCUGGGGAUCAAGAUGCUGGCAAAGUUGAAUUUGAAAUUCAGCGCGUGGCUAAUGGAAAGAGUCGAGGUCGAGUCCAGCACACUGAAAAUAGACGAGCAAAGGGUUCUGCAGAUCCAGGACCAUGAUGUCCAGAAGGUAUUCAGUCUGCCAUGCGGCACCAGAUCGAUAUGCCCCGAUACGACCGAGCCGUCUGCAGCCUGCAAAGAGUUCAUGCGAGCUUCUGCCUAUUUGAGCAAAGGCGCGCACAGUCUAAAGGCCGCGGAGGCUUAUCUCCUGAGAGAUGACAUCAAUGCAGAUUCCAGCAAGGUCCAGAUAGAUUGCUUCAAGAUAGCCUUUGUUAUUUUCGUUGUUGGCCACCUGUUGGCUCCAUCCACUAAGCAUGACUACAUCACCAUAGAUUUCUGGGCCGCCCUCAACGAUAUCUCGCAAAUUAAAGAAUUUAAUUGGUGUGCUUAUGUACUCGAGCAUUUGAACAGAGCUGUUGGGAAGUUGAAAACUGAUAUCCGCAACCGGAACAUCACUGUACAUCUUGUUGGCUGCCACCUGUUUCUUCAGGUAUUCUACUUGGACAAUCUUGAUCUUGGUCCACUUUCCAAGACAAAAGACCAUCUACCAAGGAUUAGUCUUUUUGACUACGAGUCGGUUAAGAAGAUGAUAGAAGUGAUCACUAGCAACGUGGAUGGAGAUACAUCAUUCGCUGGAGCUAGUUUUAGGCGCGCUCAAGAUGUUUGCUACUCCAGAGUCCACUACGAAAGCCACACUCACCGAGCAGAUGUAGCUUCUGACCUGCCCCAUCAUGCCCCAGGUUUUGUUGGCACAAAGCACCAACACAACCCAGUUACUCCCAUGCUACGAAGCAGCUUCACUGAAACUGGACAAGAAGAUUUCUCCAACCAUCUCCGAUUGAAAUACCCGUCACUUGCAGACCACCCGCUUAUGACCAUUUUGGAAGAACAUAAUGCACACAUGUUGGAAAAUAUAUCUGAAAUUAGGCGAAGUUGCGAAGUGACGAUGUCUACCUUAGCGGACAAACUUCUUGGCUAUAUAUCUGAGAACCGCUGUUGCUGCAGAGCGGUGGGACGAACUGAUUGUUUACUGAGGUCGCCGCACACAAUUCAUGAGAGUUCAACCGAGCAGAAUUCACUCUCUCACAAACGGGAUGCACCUGAGCCCACUGGAGCAGGACAUCACAAGAAGAUACGGGUGAACCAGCCUCUAGUUGAGACAGACCUUCAAGCAAGUAUACCUGGAUGCUCAACUAACAAGAGCCUACCCCGCAGUCCUUUACAAGUUGACAUCAACCUGGCCGCACCGUAGUCCAGAUGAGCGUCUUUAUUUUGCGUUCAGCAUCAACUUUCACGCUGUAUGUAAAACUGGAUCAGCAGCCCUCAUGCCAUCAGAGAUGUCCGUUGUCUUCGUAGCAUAGUGUCUUAGGCUUUCAUCACCAACUUGCACAAUAUAUGUGAACUCUGAUUGUUCACGGCUUAGGUUUGCUGCAUACUGUCUUAAGCGAUCGUUUGGUGCGCAUUCUCUAGGAUCCCAAAGAAAUUCCCGAUAAUGCUGUAAACUCUAGCCAGGCUAACAUGUUUCUCCCUUAGUUGCUUAACCAAUUAAGUCUUUUGUGCAA